GGGGGCGGGGCCCGACUCGGGGCGGGGCCACGCCGAGGGCGGGGCAGGGAGGCAGCAUGCUAAACCGGGUGCGCUCGGCCGUGGCGCACCUGGUGAGCUCCGGGGGCGCCCCGCCUCCGCGCCCCAAGUCCCCAGACCUGUCCAACGCGCCCUCCGCGCAGCCUGCCGUCCCUCCAGAAGCGCCCAGGAGCCCUCCGGCGAGGGCUGGGAGCGGGAGCUCGGCGCCCGCGAAGACAGUAGAGGCUCGAGCGAGCUUCUCCCGACCGACCUUUCUGCAGCUGAGCCCAGGGGGGCUGCGACGCGCUGACGACCACGCUGGCCGGGCUGUGCAAAGCCCCCCGGACACCGGCCGUCGCCUGCCCUGGAGCACGGGCUACGCCGAGGUCAUCAAUGCUGGCAAAAGCCGGCACAAUGAGGACCAGGCUUGCUGUGAAGUGGUGUAUGUGGAAGGUCGGAGGAGUGUUUCAGGGGUACCUAGGGAGCCUAGCCGAGGCCAGGGACUCUGCUUCUACUACUGGGGCCUGUUUGAUGGGCAUGCAGGGGGCGGAGCUGCCGAAAUGGCCUCCAGGCUCCUUCAUCGCCACAUCCGGGAGCAGCUAAAAGACCUGGUAGAGAUACUCCAGGACCCCUCGCCACCUCCCCUCUGCCUCCCGUCUACCCCAGGGGCCGCAGGUUCCUCUGAUCCUUCUCACUUGGUUGGUCCUCAGUCCUGCUGGUCUUCGCAGAAGGAAGUGACCCAUGAGAGCCUGGUAGUGGGGGCGAUUGAGAAUGCCUUCCAGUUUAUGGAUGAGCAGAUGGCCCGGGAGCGGCGCGGCCACCAAGUGGAGGGGGGCUGCUGUGCACUGGUUGUAGUCUACUUGCUAGGCAAGGUGUAUGUGGCCAAUGCAGGUGACAGCAGAGCCAUCAUUGUCCGGAAUGGUGAAAUCAUUCCAAUGUCCCGGGAGUUCACCCCGGAGACUGAGCGCCAGCGUCUUCAGCUGCUUGGCUUCCUGAAACCAGAGCUGCUAGGUGGUGAAUUCACCCACCUUGAGUUCCCCCGCAGAAUUCAGCCCAAGGAGCUGGGGCAGAGGAUGCUGUACCGGGACCAGAACAUGACCGGCUGGGCCUACAAAAAGAUCGAGCUGGAGGAUCUCAGGUUUCCUCUGGUCUGUGGGGAGGGCAAAAAGGCUCGAGUGAUGGCCACCAUUGGGGUGACCCGGGGCUUGGGAGACCACAACCUCAAGGUCUGCAGCUCCACUCUGCCCAUCAAGCCCUUCCUCUCCUGCUUCCCUGAGGUACGAGUGUAUGACCUGACACAGUAUGAACACUGCCCGGAUGAUGUGCUAGUCCUGGGAACAGAUGGGCUGUGGGAUGUCACCAGUGACUGUGAGGUAGCUGCCACUGUGGACAGGGUGCUGUCGGCCUAUGAGCCCAAUGACCCCAGCAGGUACACGGCUCUGGCCCAAGCUCUGGUCCUGGGGGCCCGGGGCACCCCCCGGGACCGUGGCUGGCGUCUCCCCAACAACAAGCUGGGUUCCGGGGAUGACAUCUCGGUCUUCGUCAUCCCCCUGGGAGGGCCAGGCAGUUACUCCUGAGGGGCUCAGCCCUGACCCUGCCCCCACCAUCCUAGCCUCUCCAUGCUUACCCUCUGCCAACCCAAAUCAGAAGUUGUCUCCCUGACCUUCUUUAGUGCCAACUUAACUGAAGAAGGGGUGUCAGUUAGAUCCAGAAUUAUAGCUAAUGGCAAAUAAACCACAUGGAUAAAA